AAACACACUUCAAUUCACUCUCUCGAAUUUCAAGAGGAUUGAUAUCAACUAUACGAUGACUGACAAUUCCGCCAAUAAACGGACUUGGGAAAUAAUGUAUCAAAAAAUGAAAAAACGACCUGUUUUUAAUGUGUCCAGUGAUUUGCUCCAGGAAAUGUCAUUGCAUGAUGUAAGAUUGGAUCCAAACUCAAUACAUUGGCAAGCACAGCAAACGAAUUUGGAGUACCUAUUGAUGUUGGAUGUGGAUAGUUUGGUUUGGAGCUAUAGGAAGAUAGCCGGUUUGCCAACACCUGGGAAGCCAUAUGGGGGGUGGGAAUCCCCAGAUAAUGAAGCUCGGGGUCAUUUUGUAGGGCAUUAUUUGAGUGCAACAGCACAAAUGUGGGCUAGCACUCACAAUGACACUGUUAGACAGAGAAUGUCAGCAGUAGUGUCUGCUUUAUCUGCCUGCCAGGAGAAAAUCGGCACUGGAUAUCUUUCUGCAUUUCCAACUGACUUUUUUGAUCGUGUUGAAGAUAUAAAACCACUAUGGGGGGCUCCUUAUUACACAAUUCACAAGAUCUUGGCAGGCUUACUUGAUCAACAUACACUUGCUGAUAAUGAUCAAGCUUUAAAAAUGGUGACAUGGAUGGUUGACUAUUUUUACAACCGUGUUCAGAAUGUGGUAACACGGUUCAGUUUAGAAAGGCACUAUCUAUCACUUAAUACAGAAUCUGGUGGCAUGAAUGAUGUUCUUUACAGGUUAUAUACCAUUACGAACGAUCCAAAGCAUUUAUUUUUGGCUCAUCUAUUUGAUAAACCCUGCUUUCUAGGACCACUUGCAUUACAGGCUGAUGAGAUAUCUGACUUUCAUGCCAACACACAUAUCCCAAUUGUUAUUGGAUCUCAAAUGCGGUAUGAAGUCACUGGUGAUCCACUUUAUAAGGCAAUAGGGAUGUUCUUCAUGGACAUUGUUAACUCUUCACACAGCUAUGCAACAGGAGGAACAUCAUUCUUAGAACAUUGGACUGACCCAAUGCGAGUGGGAGAUAUUCUACAAACCGAGAGUGAAGAAUCAUGCACAACUUAUAACAUGCUGAAGGUCUCUCGCCACCUGUUUACAUGGACCAAAGAAGUGGCAUAUGCAGAUUAUUAUGAGCGUGCAUUGACAAAUGGUGUUCUAAGCAUACAAAGAGGAACAGAUCCUGGAGUGAUGAUUUACAUGCUCCCACUAGGUCGUGGAUCUUCCAAGGCCAAAAGCUACCAUGGAUGGGGAACACCAUUCGACUCUAUGUGGUGCUGCUAUGGCACAGCAAUGGAAUCAUUCUCAAAGAUAGGAGAUUCAAUAUAUUUUGAAGAGAAAGGAAAAGAUCCUGUUCUUUACAUUAUCCAGUACAUAUCAAGCUCACUUAAUUGGAAAUCAGGAAAUAUUGUGGUCAAUCAGAAAGUUGAUCCUGUUUUCUCCACGAAUCCAUACCUUCGAGUGACAUUCACAUUUUCUUCAAUGAAGGGGACACACAAAUCCUCUACCUUGAACUUGAGGAUACCAAUUUGGACAUUUGCAAACAAUGCUAAGGCAUUGCUAAAUGCUGAGAGUUUGACUGUACCAGCUCCAGGUAAUUUCCUAUCUGUCACUAGAAACUGGGGACCUGGUGACAAAUUAACACUUGAGCUGCCCAUUAGUUUGAGAACAGAAGAUAUUAAAGAUGACCGGCCUGAGUUUGCAUCUCUUAAGGCAAUACUUUAUGGCCCCUAUCUGCUUGCGGGUCAUUCCGAGGCUGACUGGAACAUCAAAACUGGAUCAGCAAAGUCUAUUUCAGACUUGAUAACUCCAAUCCCUGCUGCCUACAAUGCUUAUCUGGUUUCUUUUUCCCAAGUGUCUGGAAACUCAACUUUUGUCUUAACCAACCCAAACCAUUAUAUCCAAGAGUCUGAAAACGUAGUUUUUCUCGCAAAUGCCUCAGCGAAUUCCUCCCAAGUGUCUGGAAACUUACCUUCUAACUUAACAAACUCAGACCAUUCAAUUACAAUGAAAAUUUUACCUCCUCCUGGCAAUAGUUCCACUGUUGGUGCCACUUUCAGACUCAUCUUAACUGACUCACCUCCACCAAAAUUUUCAACACUCAAAGAUGCUAUUGGCAAGUCAGUAAUGCUAGAACCAUAUGAUUUGCCAGGAAUGGUUGUAGUACACCAAGGAAUAAAUAACAACCUUACAGUUGCAACCCCGCCUGCUCGCGGUGGCUCUUCGAUUUUCCGGUUGGUUGCAGGAUUGGAUGGAAGGGCUGAGACAGUAUCAUUGGAGUCAGAAAGCAACAAGGAUUGCUUUGUGCAUAAUGGUGUGAAUAACAAUUCAAGUGCAAUCAUCAAGCUCAGCUGCAAAUCAGGCUCAUCAGAUGUUAAUUUUAAUCAGGCUGCCAGCUUUGUAAUGGAAAAGGGACUAGCUGAGUAUCAUCCUAUCAGCUUUGUGGCAAAAGCGCCUAAGAGGAAUUUUCUUCUGGCACCAUUGUUGAGCUUCCGGGAUGAAUUUUAUACUGUUUAUUUUAACAUUCAAGCUUAACAAUCUAGGUGGGAGAGUGGGAGUUCCACCAUAUUUAUAAAAGUGAUGUCCAACUUACCAA